AUGCCUCAAAUCGCCUCAAAUGUCUUCUUCCUCCUCUCACUAAUCCUCACUCCUUACAAUCUCUCUUCAGCAAUGACGACAAUCUCAGCCGUCACCAAAGAUCAAAUCGCCUGCACAACUUGUUCAUCUUGCGAAAAUCCCUGCCAGCCGAUCUUAUCUCCACCGCCGCCGCCGGUGCCGUCUCCUCCGCCGCCGCCGUCGGGUCCCAACUGUCCUCCGCCGCCUUCCCCACCCAGCGGAGGCGGCUGUAGCGGCGGUUGCUACUUCUCGCCACCGCCUCCGGCGCAGCCCGCCGCCAGCUAUCCCCCACCGUACGGCGGCGGCGGCGGUGGAGGCGGCGUAUACUACCCACCGACUAUUCCCGGCGUUUUUCCGACCCCGCCGCCGCCGAACCCGAUUGUGCCGUAUUUCCCUUAUUACUACUACAACCCUCCGCCCCCAUCCGCCGCUGGCUCCCCCUCGCGGCCGUUGCACAUUAUUACUUCUCUUUUAGCCAUAAUUUAUUUUGUCCUUUUUCUUUAG